AUGGCUAGGGUUCCAACAAAUAGAGGGUUUGUCAGAACAAAAGGGACCCAGUUUGUUCUAAAUGAUUCGCCUUUUCUUUUCAAUGGGUUCAACUCAUACUGGAUGAUGAAUGUUGCAACAAACCCAAGUGAAAGGUACAAAGUCUCUGAAGUGUUCCGAGAGGCUGCUGCUGCUGGACUUUCUGUCUGUCGAACUUGGGCUUUCGCGGAUGGAGGUGACAAAGCACUGCAAAUUCACCUGGCACUUAUGAUGAACGAGUUUUUCAGGUAA